AUGUCAGACCCAAAACCACUCCCAUUCAUUUAUCAGUUCGGUGCAGGUGCCAUCGCUGGUGUCAGUGAAAUCUUAGUUAUGUACCCAUUGGAUGUCGUUAAGACCAGACAACAAUUGGAUAACACUAACGCAUACAACGGUACCAUCAACUGUAUCAAAAAGAUCGUCAAAGAAGAAGGAUUCUCAAGAUUAUACAAGGGGAUCUCUGCUCCGAUCUUGAUGGAAGCUCCAAAGAGAGCCACCAAGUUUGCAGCUAACGAUGAAUGGGGAAAGAUUUAUAAGAAGGCAUUUGGUGUGACUGCCAUGACCCAAGGGUUAUCCAUUUUAACAGGUGCCACUGCUGGUGCAACUGAAUCAUUCGUCGUGGUUCCAUUUGAAUUGAUCAAGAUCAAGUUACAAGACAAGACCUCAAAGUUCAACGGUAUGGGAGAAGUAGCAAAGCAUAUUAUCAAGGAAAACGGUGUUCUUGGUUUAUAUAAGGGUUUAGAGUCAACUUUGUGGAGACACGUUCUGUGGAAUGCUGGUUAUUUUGGAUGUAUUUUCCAAGUUAAGAGUUUGAUGCCUAAACCAAAGACUUCUACUGAGAAGACCUUGUCGGAUUUGACAUCUGGUGCCAUUGGUGGAACUUUUGGUACUAUUUUGAAUACCCCAUUUGAUGUUGUCAAGUCAAGAAUCCAAGCUGGUUCCACUAGAUACGUCUGGACCUUACCAUCUUUGGCUACUGUGGCCAAGGAAGAAGGAUUCGGUGCGUUAUAUAAGGGUUUCAUUCCAAAGGUGUUGAGAUUGGGACCAGGUGGUGGUAUUUUGUUGGUUGUUUUCACGGCUUGUAUGGAUUUCUUCAGAUCUUACCACGAGGGUAAUUAG